ACCCCAUUCCUGACCCAACCUGCUCCGCAGACAACUUUCUCCAGCACUGGCGUGCCCUGAGGGUAUGCGCACGAGCAUGCGCAGCAACCAAAAAGUGCUCGGGAUUCUGACUGGCUCGCUGAGCAAACGUCAUUCGGGAAAAGACCGCUCCGCCCUUCUCAAGAUGGCGCUGCACUCAAUGCGGAAGGCCCGCGGGUGCUGGAGCUUCAUCCGGGCACUUCAUAAAGGACCCGAAGCUGCUUCCGUUCCCCAGAAGGACUGCAUGAAGCGAGUGUUUUCUGGCAUCCAGCCUACAGGAAUCCCGCACCUGGGCAAUUAUUUGGGAGCCAUUGAGAACUGGGUGAGGCUGCAGGAUGAGGAUGGCUCUGUGCUAUACAGCAUCGUUGACCUCCACUCCAUCACAGUCCCCCAGGACCCAACCAUCCUCCGACAGAGCAUCCUGGAUAUGACUGCUGCCCUUCUUGCCUGCGGCAUAAACCCAGACAAAAGCAUCCUUUUCCAGCAAUCUCAGGUGUCUGAACACACACAACUAAGUUGGAUCCUUACCUGCAUGGUCAGAUUACCUCGAUUACAACACUUGCACCAGUGGAAGGCGAAGGCGGGCAAGCAGAAGCACGAUGGAACCAUGGGCCUGCUAACAUACCCAGUACUCCAGGCAGCCGACGUUCUGCUGUAUAAGUCCACACACGUUCCUGUCGGGGAGGAUCAAGUCCAGCACAUGGAACUAGUUCAGGACCUAGCACAAGGUUUCAACAAGAAGUAUGGGGAGUUCUUUCCAGUGCCCACGUCCAUUCUAACGUCGAUGAAGAAGGUAAAAUCUCUCCGUGAUCCUUCUGCCAAAAUGUCCAAGUCAGACCCUGACAAACUGGCCACUGUCCGAAUAACAGACAGCCCAGAGGAGAUAGUGCAGAAAUUCCGCAAAGCUGUGACAGACUUCACCUCGGAGGUCACCUACGAUCCAGCCAGCCGAGGAGGUGUGUCCAACCUGGUGGCCAUCCACGCCGCAGUGACCGGCCUCAGCGUGGAGGAAGUGGUCCGUCUCAGCAAGGGCUUGGACACUGCCCACUACAAGCUGGUGGUGGCAGAUGCUGUGAUAGAGAAAUUUGCUCCAAUUAAGAGUGAAAUUGAAAAACUGAAGAUGGACAAAGGCCAUUUAGAGAAGGUGCUGCGAGUUGGGUCAGAAAAAGCCAAAGAAUUAGCGUAUCCUGUGUUCCAGGAGGUGAAGAAAUUGGUGGGAUUUCUGUAAUAAGUUUCAGGUAAUCACAAGAAAACUUUUGUAUCUUGCAGUCUCUGCACUCCAAUAAAGACAGCUGUCCCCCAAGCAAAAUGAAAGAUUAUUUGGGGACAUAUCAUUUGGAAAAAUGAUGAUUGGCCUCAUUUGAUGAAUAAUGCUCUUUAGCUUUUCAAUGGAGCAGUGUUCCAAAUCCCAUAAAAAAAUGAAGUGACUGGGAAAAAAAUUAGCUGUGUCUGAACCCCCAAUUAUGAAGCCCACUCCUUGGACUGAAGUUUUGUGAUUGAGGUGAGCAGCAAUUUGGGAAAUGGGAUAUCAUAUGUGCUUCACUCUGGAGUACUUAUUGUAGCAGGUGCUUUGUCUAUGCCAGCCAUUUUAAAAAGCAAUACAUGGCAGUAAUACACUUUAAUUCUUGAAGUGCCAUUUGAUCCUCUUUGUUCUUAGAUCUCUUAAAAAUAAGUUGAUUAUUA